ACAAAGAAAUUGAAAACCCGUGCUUUUAGAGUAGUGCGUUACUAUGUUUGAUUCUUAGUUUCUAGCUUUGCUCUAAAAUUGAUGUUAACCUAUACCACUGAAGUUCCUGGAGAACGUGAAGAAACAUCUUUAAAGUGGGCCAAAUUACUUUCAGUGCACGAUUCAUUCAUGCAUGAACUUUCUCAGGAAGUAAUUACUAUCGGGUCAUCUGAAGGUCGUUUUCCAUUCUUUUUAAUCAUUUCUAAUAAUUUUGUAUUCAUUAUUCAGAAUGUCUGAUUGUUAUAAAACAUGAAGAAAUUUCAAAUCCACAUUGCCUUUUGAUGAAAGAUCCAGAUGAUGUCAUAUGGUUGCACGAUUGUAGCAAAACUGGGACACGUUGUAAUGAUGGCAAGUGGUUACAGCAAGAUUGUGUCACGCUUCGUACUGGUGACUAUUUCUACCUUUUAUGGGAUGAAGUAGAUGUGACGAAGAGAGUUGGAUUUUGCGUUCUUUUCGUUGAUGAUUUUAAACUUUUGGCUUUGUCUGGUGAGUCUGAUAAGAUCAAAACUACGGGACUACCGCUACAACCAUCAUCAACAAAGUUUAUGAAGCCAUCAACAUCAAAUGAUGACACUGAUUUAGAAAAUUGCUUAACAUGUGUUAUUUGUGGAGAUAUCUAUUUUGAGUGUUGUAGUGUUCAACCAUGUUUACACAGUUUCUGCACACUCUGUUGGUUGAGAUGUAAAAGAAAUGAAUGUCCUAUGUGUCGUAAAUCAGUGUCAGCUUAUGCUAAAAAUCACCAAUUGAAUAAUUUAGUUGAUGUAUUCCUUCGUAAACAUCCAGAGAAGUUAAAAUCUGAAUCGGAACAAAAUGACAUAAAACAAGAAAUUGCAAGAUUAUCACGCCUUUCAAAUCACACUCGUCGAUACAAUAGUCGAACUAGAAGAAACAGAGAGAGAAUUACUUUUACUGGUGGUGACUAUGGUUUACUGCGUAGUUCUUCUGGCAUCUUUCCUAUUGUUCCAACCGUUGCUACCACCACAACAACUCACAAUGUUUCUACUGGUCCGAUAAUUAUGCCCACUUCUCUACCGAUGAGUGCUGGUUGUGUUAUAUGUUCAUGGUUACCACCAUCAUAUGACCGUCGUGGCAAUAGUACGACAAGUAUUAGUGGCAUUACUCUUAGCGACCAUGGACCAAGAAUUGAAGAAUGCUCAGCACAUUGUUAUUGUACAUGUUGUAAUAGACCAAUGCCAAUUCGAACAACAACAAUUCCACAACUACAUGGUAUAAAUCGAACAGAAUGUGAAGUGUGCCGGCGUACAUUUUGUUCUUUAAUCAAUCCAUAUGGAUGCUCAACAUGUGAUGGUUAUUGUUUAUCUCGUGUACAAGAUUUGACUCGAUACAAUUCAAUACCUCGUAAUUUAUUAUUGAAUAAUCGUAUAGAGACAAGAAUUCUUGAUGAUUAUCUUACAUCAAAAGGUGUUACAAUUCCAACAUUUAUUAAUCAUUGUUUAACAUUCUAUAUGAAUACAACAACAAUUUCUUCAUUAUGUACAUUAAAUGGUAAUUCAUUAAUAUGUAAACAUUGUGGUGAACGUUUACUUAGUCAAUUAGCUUAUCAAUAUCGUUUAACUAUAUGUUCAAAUGAAUUACCAAAUGAUGUAAUCAAUAAACCAAAUUGCUAUUAUGGACGUUAUUGUCGUUAUCAAAGUUAUAAUUAUAAUCAUGCUAGACGUUUUAAUCAUAUUUGUGAAAGAUCAAUUUAAUGAGAUUUUUUGGAUUCUUUCAUUAUUCUACUACUACUAAUUUUGCCAGUAGUAGUUAUGAGUAGUAUAUAGAGUUUGUUUUGUUGUUUUUUUUUUCGUUUUUGAUUUAUUAAUCGAUUUGACAAUCUAUUUACUUUAUUGAAAACUUUUGCAUUUACUUUAUAAUCGAAUCAUAGAGACUGAUUAUGUAAUCACUAUUUUGUUUUUUUUCUCCUUUUGUUUAUUUUUUUUGUUCCCUUGAAAAACAAAAUUUGUUUAUCAGGAUUGUUAUAAUUUCUAUUAAAUAAACCCAAUAUUCAUUAUUUCAAUGUGUAUGUAUUUUUUGGAUAUAUCUGUCCAUUUUGUAAACAACGAACCAAUAGGUACACGUAGUUGCUGUGCCUCCAAAAUGCCCUGGUACGGCCGAGAGUGGGGAG